AUGAACUUCUCGACAGGGGGAAGGAGGCCUAGGCAAGGACCAGGAGCAAAUACGGGUGCAGGUGUUGCUGGCCAGCCAACGUCAAUGACACCAACGCCAACGCCAACGCAGCAAAAGAAGCGGACGGCUACAGCUGCAGAGCUUCAUGAUGUGCAAGAUAUUCUCUUGAAGAGGCUUGCAAAGUCAGAACAAGACAGAGAGGGUCUCGAGGAGAAGCUUCACGAUGCUGAUGGCAUCCGGUGGGACCUACGUAGAGCCCAGCAGCGCCGCAGUGCGAAAGAGAGAGCGCGCAUUAGGAAGGCCGAAAAGGAGCGGGCACGACGUGAAGACCUUAGGAGACGCGAUCUCCCGCUGACUCCCUCUCCCACGGAGUCAGAAAUAGCAAGGCGGGAGGAGGCUCGCGAGAGGCUGCGAGAGAACCUCAAGGGUCGUGUCAAGCGUACUGCCAUCGAGUUAUUGAUUGGGUCGGGCGGCCUCCAUCAAUGGAAGGAGAAGGCGAUCACAACCCAUAAGGCUCGGGUAUUGCCCAAUGAGUACGAGUGGUCCUGGCGAGACAAGGAGUUCAAACCUUGGAACCAGGUGCCGAACUAUAUCGACAUCCUGGCGCAUAGUCUCAUGGGCGGCGACCAUAGGAGGUUGAUGAGAGACAGGCGUCGUUAUGUCAGGCAAGAGAAGAGGAAGUUGGCGAACGCGAGGCAGCAGGUUGGCCAGCAAGGUGCUUCCGCCCAGGCUGGCCCGUUGCCCGGCCUCAAGGUUGUUGGAUUUGCGCAGAGUGAUAUCGUCGACCCAUCCACGCUGCACCCGCCCUCCACCACCGGCAAUCGGCGACGAGGACAAGGUCCAUUCGCCAAAAAGGCCGCGGUAUCUGGAGCAGCUGGGGACGGGACUCCCAAGCCUGUGGCACAAUCUGCUUCUUCGACACGACGUGACUCUCAUGUCAUUGCAGCUGGUGUUGCCCCAUUCAUCGAACCCGAGGAUGAUCCUGCUGAGUUGAUCAACAGCCUCUCAGGAUUCAUCGAAGACGAUGUAAAUACAGACACCGUGAUCCAGGAUCUCGACGUCAUCCGCAAGUACGACGAAUACGAUGAUGAGUACUGGGGCAAUGACACAGACUAUGAGCCGGCUGUUCCUAGUAAUGAGGACAGUGAUGUUUCCAUGGAUGAAGACGAUUCCGAGGAUGAUGAUGCUUUCGAGGAUGACGACGCCUUCGACGACGAUUUCAACAGUCUAUCGGAAUGGUCCUACGAUCUUGAGGACGAGGAGGACGAGCAGUUCAGCAAGCAAUGGCUCAUGCGCCUUCUUGACGACGCGAUCGAAGACAUCUUCGACGGUGCGAUUAUUAGGCUCGGCCGCAAAAGCGAAAUCUCACCGGACGAUGUCAGCCACCUCGAACAGACCGUUCGCGAACGUAUAUUCGAGGAUUGGCAGAUCAUCCUUGGCUUGAAGACUCUCAAGGCGAACCGAGGCCGAACCCCCCUGAAUCUUAAACCAUUCGAGGAUUCUUCUGGACCUUCCUUCGCCAAGAAACUCUCGGCCGCCACUGAGAGUUCCGGCAGCAGUUCCGCCUCUGACGGUGACCAUCAUCGGGAUCCUAUUUUCGAUUACCAAGAAAUUGACUACGCGGAGGAGUUCGACUUGGUAAUGGAGAACAUGAUCCUGGCGGCUAUGACGAGAAUAGUGGAGGUGGCCAACCCAAUAUCCGGCGUGGCUUUGGAUGUGCAGAAAGCUGGGCAAGCGUUCGGUGCCGACUGGAGACAACAAUUUAGGAGAGCCUUUGUGAAGAUGAUAACCCCUGAUGUAUUUCAAGAUGAUGACCAGGACAAUGAUGAACAGGGCGCAGCAGCAGCGGCAGGAGGUGGUGGAGGGGGGGCGGGAGGAGCUGCAAAUGGCGGUGUUGAUGCCAACAAUAACGGGCAUAAUCCAAUUCCCGGACCCAACGUCCCCUAUGUCCCUCUAAUGGGUAGGUAUUGCAGGAGUUACGAGCCUCAAAUUCCUCAACGAACGGCCACAGAUCCGUCGUCGUGGCCAAGGAUCUACGUGUCUGCGGAUCGACCAUUCGCUGACGAGGUCAAUGCCACUCUUCAAAAUCCUGCACAGGAGACCGCCAAGUGUGCUGAACGUACCUGGGCCUGGAAGCGUGCCAACACUGUCGAUAGGAAUACUGUGAACUUUCGCGACCUCAUGGAGUUCAAGGAGAAUGUAUUCGAGAAUCCAGAGGAUGCGCUGCAGAACCACCUCGGCGCCCCCGAGGACCUCAUACCCCUCGGCAUCACUCCCCAAGCCAACGCCAUGAUCGCCAACUGGUACCCCUUGGAGAUCGACCCAGAGGCUUGGGAGCUACCCAGGGACGCGGCCGAGCUAAAGUGUCGCGAUGAUGCUUAUGCUGGUUUCGGCAAAUUCCCACCUCCGGCUCAACCUGGUGCCAGGGACCCUUUUACGGGUACCUUCCAAGGAAUGCCCCAGCAUGUUGUAGAUGGUUCCUCUCAGAAAGUCCCAGGGCCUAAGCUACCUAAUGACAAAAGGCCUCCGCCCCCUCCUAUUACUGCGGGCAUCAGAUUGGGAGGACGACAAGGGACCAGAGCACCGGGGAGAACGCAGCCUUUGACGGCAGGUCAACAGCAGCACGAUCAUCACCACCAUGAUCCUCAUCACCACCACCAUGAUCCUCAUCACCAUCACCAUGAUCCUCAUCAUCACCACCAUGAUCCUCAUCAUCACCAUGGGAUAAAUGACACGAGCCUUGCUACAACGUCUCAGAAUACGACAAACAAGCCGGGUGGACCAACCGACCCUGAGCCCCUCAGUCUUCCCGGCCCGGCGCACCAUGUGCUAAAUGUGCGGCAAGGUACCGACCUUGAUAUCGCAAGCCAAAACGUCACGCCAGGAAGAUGGCUUCCGCCCCUUCCCCCGAGGGUGGUCAGGCCGCAUACCUUGACUAUGCACCCGACGCAACUGUACUUUGACUCCAAGCAAGACUUUGAAAGUGAAGAGGAAUACCGGCAGAAGGCCAUAGAUUUCGAUACAUCGUUCCCUUACUUCUGCAAGUACAAGUACUACCAGCGGAAGCGUGGAGAGGGACAGAUUGCGUGGAAGAGGAGAUUCGACGAGAUCAUUAAGGCAGGCUCCACGGGCCGCCAGUACAGAGAAGAGUCUGAUGCCGAUUUUAAGGCUCGUACUGAAGCCAUGAAGGCAGCGAAGGCUACCCGAACGUCACAACAGAAGGCGAAGUCUCCUGCCCCGGUUUCAGUCCCGACGCCUGUUCCCGUGACCCAGGACGCAACGAUUCCCAAGAGAACCGAUAAGCAUGCGGCUACCACUUCUAAGCCUCCUAAACAGCAGACGCCUCAGGUUCACGCAGUCACCAGUCAAGUUCAGCCAGCUUUGCCCGCAGGACAAAACACACCUCAGAAGCGAGGCGCCGCGGCCGCUUUGGACGGGACGACAACUGCAAAGACUUCAAAACAGCAACUGCCCGCUGCUCCAGUAGCACCAAUUCCAGCCCAGCCCGAUGCGUCCCAAGCACAAACUCCAACGAGAAUCCAGAGUACCACGGCCUCCUUGGGCGGAACACCAACAUCUAUGCUUGCCCACCAGCCACCGGCUCGUAACCCGGCAGUUCCCAGCCAAGCGCAUCCUGGCAAGCCUGCAGGGAAAAGCACCACGAAGAUCCAGGGUACCAAGCCUACUCCGAACAGCCUGGCCGAUACUCUCUUCUCCAGCACUGACGGGUCAACAGAUCUUUUUGGGUCGUGGGAUGCCACCAGGAGCCAGACAAUGAAGACCACAACCGCGCCCGGUGCUGUAUCUACACCGCAGCCUCCCCAGCAGCAACUUCCUAUGUCUACCCCGAAGUCUCCCCAACAGCAACAUCCUGUGUCUACACCGGGGUCUCCCCCAAAGCAACACGUUGUGUCUACCCCGAAGUCUCCCCCAAAGCGACACGUUGUGUCUACCCCUGAGUCUCCCCCAAAACGACAGGUUGUGUCGACCCCGAAGCCUUCCCGACAGCAUCUGCCGUCUGGGCCAGUACGUUCCGGCCAAGCACAGUCGCAUUCGUCUAAAGGGGCUCAAACUGACAAAUAUCACAACGCCACACCUGAUUCUGACCUGGAAUUUGGCCUGGCCGCGGGCCCUUCGACGGCACCUGACCAAGAUAUGCUUGACGCGAGCAUCUAUAGAGCGCUGUACCGUACCACCGAGUCCAUGGUGCGCGGCGAGAAGAUUACGUGGACGCCGCCCCCUUGGUUGGAAAAGUCUGGCGAUGUGGGCGAGGCAGCCCUGGAUGAGGAUACGGAUUCAAAGAGCUCGGAUGCGGCUCCGACCCCGCCCAAUGACAUUCCCACAGGCAAAAGGGUGGUGGAGAUGGAGCCGCCUAACGGCCACAUGUUGAGAGUCCUCAGCCGCCCCACGAACCCGGAUCCCAUGUAUCCGCCGCUGAAUGCGCGGACUCUGGAGAGGAUCCGCGGGCUCAAUGGCGACCCGUUGACCAUGCUCACCCCGGAGGAGGGGACGGCGGGGCUGAAGAAGCCGCGCACGGCGGCGCCGAGCUCGUCCGUGGCCCCGUCCCGGCCCGUCUUUGGGCGCCCCUCCCAGCUGUCGUCGGCCCUGCCGCCCCUCAAGCCCAUGGAGCUGCCCAGCCCGCUCUACAGCCCGUCGCUCCCGUGGGGGGCCGGGCUUGCGGACCCUACAGGCCUGUCCAACGCUCAGGGGCAAGUGUCAGCGACCUCCGCUGUCGAGGAGCUAGACGAUGAGGUCACCCCGGAGGAGCAGCUGCUGCGCGAGGCACAGGAGGCUGCCGAUCGGCACGCAGCGGCGUCGGCCAGGCCGGAGCCGCCGAGGAAAGGUGUCCGGAAGGUCUUUAUCCGGAGAUCUAGUGGGCCUGCAAAGCAUCAUGGGGUCGGCCACUCGAAACAUGGGCGUCGCGGGCAUCGGGCAUUGACUAAUAUCUCGGAAUAA